AUGGCUGAGCCUCCAACUAAGGUGAAGAUAUUAGAAACUCCUGAAGAUAUUCGUGAACGUCGUGAGCAAGUUUUGUCUCGCUAUUCUGCAUUUAAAGAGGCAACUCAGUAUCGUCGUCAUAAGUUAGAGGAAGCUGAGAGGUACCAGUAUUUUAAGCGUGAUGCUGAUGAACUUGAGAGCUGGAUUAAUGAAAAGUUGCAAACUUAUGCAAAUGAGGAUUUCAAGGAACUGAGUAACCUCCAGGCCAAAAAACAAAAGCAUCAGGCUUUUGAGCUCGAAGUCACAGCUCACUCCGAGACACUAUCAGCCUUAGAUUCUUCGGGUGAAGAGAUGAUAGGGCAAGGACAUUAUGCUUCUGAGAUUAUUAAGAACCGGCUCGAUGAGUUGCACGCUCUUUGGGAAAGGUUGAUGGCCAUGUUCAGAGAAAAAUCGCGUCUCAUUAACCUGACUCUUAAGUUCGUUCAGUUCUUACGUCAGGUUGAUGAGAUACUUUUCUGGACACGUGAGAAGGAGACCUACGUAACUUCUGAAGAUUUCGGUCAGGAUUUAGAGCACGUUGAGGCACUACAGAAGAAAUUUGACGAGUUUAUGAAGGAUCUUGAGUAUCAGGAAAGUCGUGCAGAAGACAUUUACCACAAAGCAGACGAACUUUUGAAGGAGGAGUUUCCUGAAGACACCUUGGUAAUAGAAAAGUCACGUGAGGUUCGUGAAGCACUAGAACGUUUAAAAAAUCUGGCUAAGGUGCGCCAAGAUAAACUUCUUGAAGCCUAUGAAAUACAACGUUUCUUCCGGGAUACAGAUAAAGCCAUAUCGUGGGUGAAUGAAAAGUCUAUUCCUCUAUCUAUUGAAGACUGUGGUCGUGACUUGGCUUCAGUACAAGCACUGCAAAGGAAACAUGACGCUUUGGAGAGGGAUCUAGCUGCUUUGGAUGAAAAGAUUGGUCAACUAGGAGAUGAUGCUUUGGCUCUUGCACAGAAACAUCCAGACUCUAAAGACACAAUUCAGGGUAAAUAUGAAGCUUUAAUUGCUGCUUGGGAGAAACUUAAGAAUCAAUUUGUGGAUAGAAAAAGUAAACUGGAAGAGUCUUUCAAGAUGCAGCGUUUUCUCGCCGAUUGGAAAGACCUUAGUAUUUGGAUGACAGACAUGAAAGGGUUGAUCUCUGCUGAUGACCUAGCAAAGGAUGUGGCUGGUGCUGAGGCCCAAGUAGAACGCCAUAAGGAAUAUACUGCGGAAAUUAACUCGCGAAACGAUAGUUUCGACACGUGCAUGUUAGAGGGUCAAGCACUGAUCAAUGUUGGCCAUCCAUCUAGCGGGGAAAUCGCUGCAAAGCUUUCCAAUUUGGAAAGAGAAAAAGCUGCCCUUCUGGAACUAUGUGAAGAGAGACGCGAGCAACUAGAACAAUGUAUGGGUCUUCAGUAUUUCUAUCGGGAUGCAGAACAGUCAGAGUCUUGGAUCGGAAAACAAGAAGCACUUUUGGAAAUCAAGGAUGUUGGCGAUUCUCUCGAUUCCGUUGAGGCACUUAUUAGAAAGCACGAAGAUUUUGAGAAGUCGUUGUUAGCUCAAGAGGAAAAGAUGCAUCAUUUUGAUGAGUUGGCAAAGAAACUUAUAGAAACGAAUCACUACGCUGCUGCACAGGUCACAGAGUUGCAGCAUUCUUUGGAAGAUAGACGAAGAGCCUUAAAGGAUAAAGCUAAGAGGCGCCGUCAGCGUCUUGAAGAUUCUCACCGUUAUCAGAUGUUUGAUCGUGACGCCGAUGAAAUGCAAUCUUGGAUAUCGGAAAAACUAAAAAAUGCACUUGAUGAAAGCUAUAAAGACUCAACUAAUUUACAGACAAAAGUUCAAAAACAUCAGAACUUCGAAGCUGAGAUACAAGCUAACCAGUCUCGUGUUGAAGAUAUUAAGAAAACAGGUCAAGAUUUGUUAAACGCAAAUCACUGCAAUUCAGCUGAAAUAAAACUAAAAAUCGACCAGUUAGAUGAGACUUGGUCUUAUCUUAUAAAUGCUAUGGCGAACAAGAAGAAAAAUUUAGAUCAAGCCAGUCGACAACAACAAUUCGUCCGCAAUGUUGAGGAUGUCGAGUUGUGGUUAGAUGAUGUUGAAGCCCAAAUCGCAUCAGAAGAUGUUGGCCGAGACCUUAACGGAGUAAUGAAUGCACAGAAGAGACUCAACUUACUAGAAUCUGAUGUUGCUGCCCAUCGUGAGCGCAUAGAAGCAUUUAAAGUCCAAGCUGACACAUUUGCUUCUGAGGGUCAUUUUGAUGCUCCCAUAAUCCAGGAGAAGCAGCGGCAGCUGUCCCAACGUUACUACGAUUUGCAGAAACCAUUAAAUCAACGCCGUGAAAAACUGUCAGAUGCUUACAAGUUGCACCAGUUCUUUAGGGAUGUUGAAGACGAGGAAGAUUGGAUUCGAGAGAAAGAUCCAGUCGCGGGCUCCACUAAUGUAGGUAAGCAGAAAAAUUAA